AUGCAAUUCUUCACCAUCAUUACCGCCAUCUUCGCUACUGCCGCCGCUGCAGCUCCAUACUCUUCCGAGUCUUCUCUCUCUGCUCGUGAAAUUGCAGAGGCCAAAGCUCUUGGAGUAGCACACGCUGAGCGUUCUAUUGGCUCCACUAUCUGCAAGGGAGCAGUAAGUCAUCUUCCAAUCCCCAACCUCCCCAAAUCUCUUCUGACUUCUUAAUUCUCAGUGUGCUAUUGCUUGCAACUCCACCAUUCUUGCUCUUGCACAAACAAAGUGCCUAAAGAUCUGCGUAAGUCUCGCUUGCUUAUCCCCUACUUGGAAAGCGUAUUCUAACAUCGUUCCUAUAGAACAGCAAAUGCUAGACAUGUUUUGA